AUGAACCGAAAUACAAUCAUAACUCCACACAAAGGAGGCGAAAGUAAAACAGCUAUAGCAAAGAAGCUUAAAAUUAAUCAAACAGUCUGGAAAAUUGACAAAAAAUUUCAAGAGACUGGUUCCACCACUGAACGACCUGGACGUAGCCGAAAAAGAAGUGAGCGGACUCCUCAGUUUAUCAAAAAUACCAGAGAAAAGAUGUGGCGAAAUACUCGUCAUUCCGUCAGAAGGCUGGCUGCCACAGCAAAAAUAAGGCGAACAUCGAUGUAUCGAGUGCUGAAGGAGGACCUCAGGACCCACCCUUACAAGAUAAUCUGCCGUCAUGAGCUCACGCAAGUUUAUAAGGCCAUGAAACUGGAGAGAAGUCGUUUUAUCCUGCGUCAGAUUUCUGAAGGCACGCUGCCCAACCUGGUGUUCACAAAUGAAAGGAAACUUGACAUCGAACAAACAGUAAACCACCAGAACGACCGACUUUGGAGUGUAUCAGGCUUCAUCGAGGGUAGAUUCGUAAAUUGA